CAUAUUAUUCGCAUUUCGCACAUAUAUUAUUCUCUACUAUUGAAAAUUUUCUCUCGCUUUCUCUCUCUUUCUUUCCAUAUUAUACUAGUGUUCUUGGUUGUUGGUGCAAAAACUGUCACACACACAAAGAAAGAAAGAGAGCGCGAGCCUCCAUUCUUCUCUUUCUUCCGGCUUUAGGGUUUUCUAUUCUCACCAAUGGCCGCUUCUUCCAUUCUCAGAUCUGCGCUCCUCUCUCCCUCCGCUCGCGUCAAGGUUUCAGGCAAUGUUUCCUUUUACAAUUUAAAGGCGAACAAGUUACAGAAUGGCAUAUUUGGAACUUCAAUUCCAUGUGAAUCUAUAGUGUUACAAAACUGCAAUGCCCAAAGUCUCCAGCCUAUCAAUGCAACAGCAACUGAAAUCCCUCUUCCCGUACAGAAAUCAAGGAGCUCUGGGAAGAUAAGAGUUGGGAUUAAUGGUUUUGGUAGAAUUGGAAGGUUGGUAUUACGUAUAGCUACUUCAAGGGAUGAUAUUGAUGUCGUAGCAAUUAAUGAUCCUUUCAUUGAUGCUAAAUAUAUGGCUUACAUGUUCAAGUAUGAUUCUACUCAUGGGCCUUUCAAGGGAACCAUUAAGAUUCUUGAUGAUUCUACUUUGGAAAUAAAUGGGAAGCAGGUUAAGGUUGUGAGCAAAAGAGAUCCAGCGGAGAUCCCUUGGGGUGAUUUUGGGGCUGAUUUUGUUGUUGAAUCUUCAGGAGUUUUCACAACAGUGGAGAAAGCUUCUUCCCAUUUGAAGGCUGGUGCAAAGAAAGUCAUAAUAUCAGCUCCAUCUGCUGAUGCACCAAUGUUUGUGGUAGGAGUGAAUGAGAAGACAUACAAUCCAAACAUGGACAUAGUUUCUAAUGCAAGCUGUACUACAAAUUGCCUUGCUCCUCUUGCCAAGGUGGUUCAUGAGGAGUUUGGUAUUGUUGAAGGUUUGAUGACAACUGUACAUGCAACAACAGCAACACAAAAAACUGUAGAUGGUCCUUCCAUGAAGGAUUGGCGAGGGGGAAGAGGAGCAGCUCAAAAUAUAAUUCCAAGCUCAACUGGUGCUGCUAAGGCCGUUGGAAAAGUUCUUCCUGAGUUGAAUGGAAAGCUCACUGGGAUGGCAUUCCGUGUCCCUACCCCAAAUGUUUCUGUUGUGGAUUUAACCUGUCGGCUUAAAAGGAAUGCUUCCUAUGAAGAUGUGAAAGCAGCGAUAAAGUAUGCCUCAGAGGGAUCAUUGAAAGGAAUUCUUGGGUACACAGAUGAGGAUGUGGUCUCUAAUGACUUUGUUGGUGACUCGAGGUCAAGUAUUUUUGAUGCUAAGGCAGGUAUCGGGCUCAGUGCUUCGUUCAUGAAGCUGGUUACGUGGUAUGACAAUGAGUGGGGGUACAGCAACCGAGUGCUGGACCUUAUAGGGCACAUGGCAUUGGUGGGAGCACGCAACUGAUCACACAAUAAUCUGUUUUGGCUGUUGUCAUUGAUGUCGCAAUUUUAGCUGGUCUUGAGUUAGGUUAAAAUUUGUAGCUUGCGUAGGUCAUGGGAAUUUUUCGGUUUUGAUCCUAUAUUGUUUUUAUAAGAUGUGAGGUUAAUGAUCACAUCAUGUACACUGGUAAAAUAUAAAAUAAAAUUGAAGACAUCACUAUAUGGGCAGUUGUACUUGUAUGAUGUCUUGGAAGUGGUGCAGACGAGAGCCAAGCGCAUCAAAGCCCAAGUUAAAGUUGGAUUCACUAAAGUUCACAAGCAAGUUAGCUAGUUA